AUGGACACCGACACGGAGUCGCCCGGCAUAAGCGUUGGCAGCGCUUAUGUCGGAGAACCACAUCGAUCUCUUACCGUUCCUGCCUUCCACUCGAAGACCUAUCUUGUCACGCUCCCGAGAGAGCUUGUCCUCGAGAUCAUCAAUCACUGCAUGGGAACCAUGGAGCAAAUCUCCAGAAAGAAACGCGAUGUCGUCCGGCUUUCUCUCGUUACCAAGUUCCUUCGCGAGAUGUGCAUACCAUUCAUCUUCACGACCAUGCGAAUCCGUACCCCGUACCACGAGUUCCUGUCCAAAAUCCAAUCUAUCGAGGGCAACAGACUUUUGCACAUUGUUCAGCACCUGGAAAUCAACCUCUUCAGCGAACCCAACCGUGUAUGGAAAACGGAAACUUAUACCGGUCUUGCGAGACUUCUAAGUCACAUGCCCCGUCUCAACGACUUGUGCCUCAACCUACUCCAUGAUCGUGAGUUUGGCCACCGCCUAGGAAUUGAGCUUUUCAGGCAACACGUCGUGCUGCCGGUCGUCAAGAAAAUGCAAUACGGAUUCGAUCUGUGCAGGAUGACGCCAGGCGUCAUCUUCAUGCAAAAGGUCUUUCCUGAAUUGGACGCCCUCCACCUGAACGUCGGACACCAAUCGCACUACGAUUCUCUGGAUGACUUGUUCGGCUUGUUAUCGUUCAAGCUGAAGACCAUCAGCCUCCGAAAGGCACGCUGGGAAUUCGAACAUGUUUCUGAAAUUUAUGACUUCUUCCCGGACGUCACCAAGCUGAUACUCAGCGGGAAUAUUGACCACGAGCUUAUGAUCUCAGAAUUGGUCCCAAUCUUCGAGCCAUUUCGACAACUCAAGGUUCUGGCACUCACGGACCUAGUCCACCCAGACGACUUGAAUGUGGAUGCUAUUCAAGAUGAUCUUUCAGCCGACUGCGAGCUCUGCAACGCCGGGGAGGAGGCCGAAAUUGACGGGGUUGAGAUAAACGACGCAUGCGGCAACGAUCAUUAUUGGGAGGCUUACGAGCUGGCCCAGGAAAAUCACGACGCGAAAGAGGACCAGGGUGAGAACGCCAAGGCGCUCUUCCGGAUGUGCCCGAGUCUCGAGAGUGUUUACUUCCUGGCCGUAAAUCGUAGUCAAGCACACCGCUUCACACCUGUGAUGGACGACUCUGGUGAUUUCAAAGAGGUUAGAGAGGAGAAAGGGGUGCUUUGGCCUACGAUCUCCGAGUACGUUCGCGUACUUCAACAGGAUUGA